AUGCCUUCGUUUACUGACAAGCUGACAGUCAACGGGUCUGAGAUGGAAAUGUACGCUGCGGUUCCCAGUGGCGGAACUUCGCCCUAUCCCGCGGUGGUGAUCGCGUUUCACGUCGGGGGGCUGGACGAGUUCGACAAGGUCAUGGCCGACCGGCUGGCCGAGGCUGGCUACGUCGCCGUGGUGCCUGACCUGUUCCACCGCUACACGGAGGAACAGCUGAACGGGCCGCGACUGGAGCGACUCGGCUACCUGAAUGAUCAGGACAUCAUUGCCGACAUGAACGCUGCGGUGGAUUUCCUGGUCGCCGACUCCCACGUCGACAGCGACCGCAUCGGCGUCACCGGCUUCUGCAUGGGCGGGCGCAUAGCGUGA